AUGCCAAAGUGGGAUGCGAAUGAUGGACCUAACCCUUACCUGCGCAUCAAGCGAUCAGAUAUGACGAUUCCUAAUCAGAAUACGCUCGAUCGGGUAAACAUCGACAACAAAGUUCCGGGGAGACUUCAGGCCCCCCACUCUUUCGCUAAGGGAUACAUCAUCCAGAAUGGACGGCGACUAUCUGGCCAAUUGCCCUUCCAGCACGACCUUGCAUACAGCAGUCGCUAG